CCCACCCUGUUGAAGGCGGAGAGUAGACAAGCCGAUCCGGCGGUGGCGGCAGUGGCAGUGCUGAGACCGUGGUAGCGGCGACAGCGACGGCUGCAACGAUGGCUGGGGCGGGACCAGCUCCGGGGCUCCCGGUUACAGGAGGACCCGUAGUCCCCGGCCCUGGUGGAGGCAUUCCGGGGAAAAGUGGAGAGGAACGUUUGAAGGAAAUGGAGGCGGAGAUGGCUCUAUUCGAGCAGGAAGUUCUGGGAGCUCCAGUAACCGGGAUCCCAACCGCGGUGCCCACCGUGCCCACGGUAGAAGCGAUGCAGGUCCAAGCAGCUCCUGUGAUCCGACCAAUUAUUGCGACCAACACGUACCAGCAGGUCCAACAGACUCUGGAGGCCCGGGCAGCUGCUGCAGCCACCGUAGUUCCUCCCAUGGUGGGGGGCCCUCCUUUUGUGGGCCCAGUUGGCUUUGGCCCUGGUGAUCGGAGUCACCUGGACAGUCCAGAGGCCCGGGAAGCCAUGUUUCUCAGGCGAGCGGCUGUGGCCCCUCAGAGAGCCCCAAUCCUGCGCCCGGCCUUCGUUCCCCAUGUGCUGCAGAGAGCAGACUCUGCUCUCGCUUCUGCAGCUGGGGGUCCCCGCCCAAUGGCCCUGAGGGCUCCUCACCAGGCUCUUGUAGGACCCCCUUUGCCGGGACCUCCGGGACCACCCAUGAUGCUGCCGCCAAUGGCUCGAGCCCCAGGGCCCCCCAUGGGCUCCAUUGCUGCCCUCAGGCCUCCCCUGGAAGAGCCAGCAGCUCCCCGUGAGCUGGGCCUGGGCCUGGGGCUGGGACUGAAGGAGAAGGAAGAGGCCGUGGUGGCAGCUGCAGCUGGGCUGGAGGAGGCCACCGCAGCAGUGGCUGUGGGACCUGGGGGAGCCCCAGCCGGCCCCGCAGUCAUUGGGCCCAGCCUGCCCCUGGCCCUGGCCAUGCCAUUGCCUGAACCCGAGCCCCUGCCUCUCCCACUGGAGGUGGUGCGGGGCCUGCUGCCCCCGCUGCGCAUCCCAGAGCUCCUGUCCCUGCGCCCCCGACCCCGGCCUCCUCGGCCUGAGCCUCCCCCUGGCCUCAUGGCUUUGGAGGUCCCAGAGCCUCUGGGAGAGGACAAGAAGAAAGGAAAGCCAGAGAAGCUGAAACGGUGCAUCCGCACAGCCGCAGGGAGCAGCUGGGAGGACCCCAGCUUGCUGGAGUGGGAUGCGGACGACUUCCGGAUCUUCUGCGGGGACCUGGGCAACGAGGUGAAUGAUGACAUCUUGGCUCGCGCCUUCAGCCGCUUCCCUUCGUUCCUGAAGGCCAAGGUGAUCCGGGAUAAGCGCACUGGCAAGACCAAGGGCUAUGGCUUCGUCAGCUUCAAGGAUCCCAGUGACUAUGUCCGCGCCAUGCGGGAGAUGAAUGGGAAGUAUGUGGGUUCAAGGCCCAUCAAGCUUCGCAAGAGCAUGUGGAAGGACCGGAACCUGGACGUGGUCCGCAAGAAGCAGAAGGAAAAGAAGAAGCUAGGCCUCAGAUAGGGUCUGUGGCUGGGCUCUGGCUCCUCCCCCAUAGCCAUCUUUGGAUACCCCCACCCCCAGCUGUUCACCCACCUACCCCCAAAACCAGUUUCAAUAAAGUUAUGUUCAUUUCCA